AUGAAAAAGGGCGACGGCCCUCCGCCGGCUCAUGACGCGCAUAGGCGUCCGCCUCGGACGGCGUCGUUGUACGGACCCACCAGCAGCACUGGUGCCACAGCAACUGCGAAGUCGGCAGUGGCGCAGCGGCGCGUUGACCCACGCUUUGAUCCGAUGUUUGGGCGCGCAGAUAAGCGCGCGUUCGAGCAACAUUACGGCUUCCUGCGCGAAGCGGAGGCAAAGGAGGAAGAGGAGCGGCGCUUCCGCAUCAAGUGUCUGAGGUGCGUCAUUCGCCGCUGCGAGUUGGAGGAGGUCGGCGAGGACCUCGAUGACUAUGAUUUGUCUGACUACGAGCAGGAGGUCUUCGGCGAGGAUCAUCAGCGCGAGCUGCGCGAGAUGAAGCUCACACCGCCACAGCGGCUCUACGCUGAACUCGAGCAGCUUCAACGAGCCUCACAACUGUAUGUGUCCAAGACACGUGAUGCCUCUGUCAAGGACCGGCGAUCCAGCGUGAAGAAGAACCUCCUCCGGAAGGAGGUGGCGGCCGUGAAGGCCGGAAUAAAGGCAAGGCCGUACUUCCCGAAGCGCGCCGAGGUGAAGCGUGCGACGACGGCGGACACCUUCUCACGCCUCCACGACAGGGGCGGCAAAGCCGCGGUGGAGCGCUACGUAAUUCGCAAGCGGAAAAAGUAG